AUGGCUGGUGCUUGCCGUGGCACCAGCGCCACUCCUACGCACACCCGCGCGGACUCUUUACACGAGUCAUCUGCCGAAACAUGUGCAGGGCACCAUGCAGGGCAUCUCGGAGGCAGCCUUCUCCUUCGCCAAUUUCCUGGGUCCAAUCCUGGGGAGCCACGUGGCCACUUCAGGCGGCUUCCAAGGGCUUCGCCUGACGAUUCUCGGCCUGGUCGUGGCGGAGGUCUUGCUCCUCUGCAUCGGAUUUCCGCGCCUUGUUCCAGGGACUGA